AUGGCCGGGGGCCGCAAAAGUGUAGUCAAGAAGGGAAAAGCUCAAUUGCUACCUGCAGAGGCUAAAUGCGAAAGAAAAGUAUUUAUGGCGAAGAAGAGGCGAAUGGAGAGGAAGAAGGAGGAGGAGGAGGGGGUCAAUGUAAUUGACACGAUCCAGAGGGGAGACGAUGGCAACCGAGAGAAUCUGGAGAUGGGGAGGGAGAAAGAGAAGAAGAGAGGGAAGAAGAAGAAGAGAAGAGGACAGACAACAAGCCCGAGUGGUCGGAGAGGAAAGUUGGAAAGCCCGGGGGAGGAAGUCAUUCCCUUUCGGGCUGAUGGGCGGAGCCGCCGUCUCUCAACCUUAUGGACGUUCUGGAAAAUCCACUCACCACCAUCACUUUGCUUUGCUUUGCUUCGCUUUUCUGCCCUUCACUGGUGCCUGUUGGUGCUCGAUGGAGUGCAACUGCAAGACAUCACCUUAGCCCGCCAUGACUUGACCGAUCAUUACCCAAAACAAUCAGAUUGCCAAAGCACGCAUGGUCGCCGUUGCCGAGAGUGCGUCAAUUCCGUCACCCAUGCGCCCGGCUUGCAGGUUGAGGCUGAGUUCUGCCUGUCCGAUCCACCAGCGGAGAACGCCUCCAAUGCAAGCAUGGGUAGUCAACCCAUGUCCUUUUCUCGAUUCUCUCUCCCGAUAGUCGACUUGGUAGCUGGUCCUCAUGGGGUAAGAGUUACAGCAUGGUUAGAAGUCUACGGAGACAUCUGCCGACAUCAACUACUCUAUCGACGUGACAUUAUCAUGGACCGCGGUGACUUAACUGGAUGGAGGGCACCACACCAGCAUUGUGGAUCUUUAACCGGGGGUGGCAGAGUAGUAAGCGAGUCUGCCCGGUCCUACAGAUAUCGAAACAGCAUAGGCCAACUGUCUCAACAGUUGAUUAAUGCAUCACCUUCCCUAGAAGAGCCUGGAGGAGGGUUUCCAAAGAAAGAUUGGAUCCUCCAGGCUUGGCUUGGUUCUCACCAGGCGCUUCCAUGCUGCUCUGGCAUGAAAUCCAACAUGAAAUCCAGCAGUAUCCCGGUUAUCAAUUCGAAAACCCACUGGAUCCUUAUAACUUCGGACUUGGCCGAACUCCCUCCGCAAUCGUCGUCCACCACCGCGACUCACGGGAAAAGGGCCAGAGAUAAAAACGACCAAUCUGGCACAACUAGCGAGGCCUGCGAUUCCCCAUUCGUCGCCGACUUCAAGCGCGAUGGCAAUUUUCGCCUACAAAUAUAUGCAGCCUUCAACGCCGGUUUUCUGGGGAAGCAGUUGAGCAGAAGAGGUGUCUCGUGA